UUAUGUCUUCUCUUCCUCAGUGAUCCCUGAGCCUUGAGAGGAGAGAAUGUGAGACAUGUCCCAUUUAGGGCUGGGAAUUCUGCAGUCUUCUGUUCUCUGCAUCUUGACAAGAACCUAACAAGUCUGUGGUUGCAUGUUGGAUGUAUGUUUUCUCCACACCAAGGAAGCCAUUAGUUCUGGACAAGGACUGGUGUUCUCCAAACCUAAUCCGUUUUGACACAGCUGCCUGGUUAAGAGCUCAGUAUUUACUGACAUGGUCCCCGGCAGCAGCCUGGGCUCGGAUGUCACCAUGGCUCCAGGUGAAAGUGCAGAACACACAGAUCAGCAUGGUCCCAAUGGCAGAGUGGCCCUUGGACAGCAACAUGGCCCCAUGUGGUGGCCCAGACCCUUGGCAUCAGCAUGGCAUUUGAUGGCAUCAGGAGCCGUGGACAUCAACUCAGAUCCUGGCUGCUGUAGAGCCAUGGAACCAGACAUAGCCCCCAGGAGCAACCCUGGCUGGGCUGACACCAUGGCCCCAGGUGACAGUACAGGCCACUCAGAUCUGCAUGGCCUCGGCUACAGCAGACCCUGGUCAUCUGCACAGCCUUCAUUGGCUACUAAAGCCAUGAACAUCAACAAGGACCCUAGUUGCUACAAGGUCAUAGACCCAGAGAUGGCCCCCACAGCAGCCCAGGCCCAGGCCCAGAUGUCAUCAUGCCGCCCGCCCCAGCGCCUUGUAGCAGCACAGGCCUCUCAGAUCAACAUGGCCCCUGCAGUGGCAUGGCCCUUGGACACCAAAAUGGCCACAGGUAGUGGUCCACACCCUGGGCAUUCCCAUGGCCUUGGUGGCAACGUAGGCUAUGGACAUCAACACAGAUUCAGAUAUGUCCAUAGGCAGCAGCUCAGGCCCCAUGUCACCCUGGUCCCGGGUGGCAAGCAGGCCGCCAACAUCAGCCCAUCCCUCACAGCCCUUGCUGCUUCAGAACUGCCUCUUACCACAGCACAUGAACCAUUCCACCGCUCCUUCUCUCCUGUUUCACCACCAUAUACUUGCGCAUCCUACUGGCAGCUGACCGCCUGGCACCUUGUGCCACCAGGUAGGCAUGUGGAUGCUUCAGGCAGCCUGGACUGUGAGGACCCAGGCUGCCCCAUGGGUGUCUUUUGCCUGCCUGAGCUGCAUGGCAUCAGGGGGCCUGUGGAUCUGUAACA